AUGCGUCAACCUUCUAAUUUAGAAGGUCUUCAUAAGAGUAGUGGUGAUAAUCCAGAAAGAGAGGGAGAAUUUGGCUCUUUUUUUCCAUUCGCCCCGCCAAGGAUACGGCUACAGAGAAAUACUAUCAGACACACAUCCACACGUUUAUUUACCAACAGAAAAGGUGAGGCGAUCGCUGGUGAAACAAAAGACACCAUUAAUAUUGAGAAAAACGUUCCUAAUUCUUUUCUUAGCGAUUUUAGCUCUUUAAAAAACUCCGCAUCGGUAUACCAGAACGGGAGUAAUGUAGAUAUACGAAAUCCAAAUAGUUCUGAUUAUGUGAAAGAUUGUGGAUUUCGCUUUAGACCAGUUAAUGGCAAUGCCCCGGACCAUGGUGAUAAUUUUAUGUCUCUUACUGGAAACUCGUUUGGAGAGAAAGAUCAACGCAAAUUACUCACAAACGAUGAAAUUAGCUACUGUGAUACGACCGACUCUGGGGGUCUAGGUGUUCGGAGUAAAAGUACACUCUCUCAGCGCGAGGGGCUUCGAAAUUGUUUUCUGAGUUCGUUCUCCGUCGUAGGGGUAGGUGCUGGGCUCUCGUUAUCUCAGCGUGGUCGCUUUCAGAAAAGCAUGGAGGCAGGCUCUCUUAGUCAUAAGCAGGUGAAACUCAAAUUACUUGAGCUUUUGCAGUAUUGGAUGAGUUCCCCAAGUGUGCGUUUACAGAUUCACACAAUUGUACAGGAUAUUCUUCUUCAAGCAGGACUGAAUCCCUCACCGGUGCAAGAGGCAUGGCAUGAGACAUGUAGGCCGAGUUAUUACAAAGAUGAAGAGACCUCUAAUAUGGGAGGAGCCCAGAAAAGUGAUAGUAAUUCCGUGACUAAUUCUAGUACAUGCGUUGGUUCGCAUGAGACUUCGUCGGAGAUUCAUUUAUCCCGAUCCAGCCCCUUAGAAGGUCAGAAAGGCUCUGAUGCCAACACUGCAAUAGACCCGGACCAUUCAUUUCAUUCCUUUUCUACACCUUCUCCACCAGCAUUCGUACGGACAUCUAAAACCUCACCGCGAGGCGUAAUUUGCAAGGUUGAAAAUAUUACUCGACAAGAAACAGAAUGCUUACAUAGUCUAUCGCAGAAAAUUACGCAAGUGACAUCUGGAGGACGAAAUACAGCAUCACGCUUGUCCUAUUCUCCAUCCUCAACACAUCGAUCUCUAUUUGACGCGGGGGAACCCCAACACAAUGGAUCGCUAGUAUCACAAAAUUUGAUAGUUAAUGUACUUCACACAUCGGGAAAGGAGGCUGAAAAAUCCAAAAUUGGAUACAGUGCAAGGUAUGAUAGUUGGGGUUCUUUUUCGAGGGAAAUAGACGGAGAUGUAGCCACUACCUUAGAGGUCAAGGUUUCCAAUCAAAAAGCACCCGGCGCAAGUUACAAGGAUAUUCCUCAGUUUUAUUUUCCGCUAGGACGGCCUACUACUCAGGCGAGUGUUAUUUCCAGACCUUUAAGUUCCAAAAUUCAAAAUCCACAUUUAAAAAUGUUAGAGUCUGUUCCUUUUGUAGGUGCGAUGUACGACACCACUGAGCCUCUCUAUGAUUCAGUGGCAUCUUCUGCAGGUGGGGAUAAAACUUCAAUGCACCGUGAUUCAACAAUACCCUCGAUGUCAACUCUCCGAUGUAUGGAGGAUAAAUCUGUUAGUCCAUACCUUCAUAAAGAAUUUUUACGAAUUCUUACCCCUCACAGACUGAGCUCCAAGGCUUACUUGCUUGAAAGCCAGCUCAAUGCUUUGCAACGAUCCCCACAUCUCACCAAACGUGAGGCAAGCUACAAGCAUUGUCUCAUUGAAUGCAUCGAACGUAUUUGUGUUAAUUGUUUUGGGGUACCACGUUAUUUUGCCUAUGUCAUUUUAUACCUUAUUCUGAAUGAAUUUGCCCUGAAUUCGGAUAUAUCACGUCCUCCUGCUGGCGGUUCAUUUGACUUUUCUUCUUUCAUGCAUGGAUCAGUUUCAUGGGCCUUCAUGAAAAAAAUUACUGCACAGCAUUUGAUGGAAUUUUAUGAUGCCUAUCUCAAAGGAACGGAUAGUAUCCGACGAACAUUUGACUUACUGAUUCUUUCGUCAAAUCUCAAGAGCGAUGGCGCUGCUGCUGGUAGUCAGAGGUCUCAACAUCAGCCUUUUCCUCAGCGGACUACCACACUACGUACGUUUCUUCUACCGGAAGAUUUUUCAGAGUACAUAGGCAUACUACUUCAACACCACCCGGGUCUUUCUUUUCUAAAAAAAACUCCUGAAUUUCGUCCCAAAUAUAUGAAUAUGGUAAUUUAUAGAAUAUUCUAUGAAUUAGACCGAUACGACUGGGGGCGUAUCACCUUUGCGGCUUUUUCGUCGUCGCGUCUUAUGGACGCCUUUCGUCAGGUGGACGCGACCCCAGACAUUAACUCUGUUUUACUUUUUUUCUCCUAUGAACACUUUUACGUACUCUACUGCCGGUUUUGGGAGCUAGAUGAGGAUUGUGAUAUGAUGAUAUCGAAAAAGGACUUUGCACGAUACUAUCCUGAUGACACUUUCAACCCUCUCAUCAUUCAACGUAUUUUUAGUGGAGUCGGUCGCCGUAUUCGGUGUGGGGUGGAGGGUUAUAUGGGGUACGAGGAUUUUGUGUGGUUUUGCCUAUCCGAGGAGGACAAGUCCACCCCGCAGGCGAUCCGAUAUUGGUUUCGUAUUCUCGACCUGGACGGGGAUGGUGUUCUGUCCAUUUAUGAGAUGGAGACCUUUUACCACAUGGUUGAGGAACGGGUUACACUUCUCGGGGGGAGCCCUGUGUCCUUUGAGGACGUCCUGCGUCAGGGCUUUGACAUGGUGCGUUGUCCGGCCUACCGCGGCCUCACCCUGGCGGACCUUCUGUGCAAUCCUGAGGCAGCUCAUGUCCUGUUGAACAUGCUCACAAACCUGGUGAGACUUUUACAGUACGAGCAGAGCGACCCCCUUGUGGUGCACCCAGAACGGCUGAUGGGGGGGCCGAUGCAGAGUCAUUGGGAUCGCUUUGCCCGCGCGGAGUAUGAUCGCAUGGCACAGGAAAAUGACACGUAG